AUGGACAUCAUCAUCAACAACUUGCAAGAUGGCCGGCUGGACGCAAAGGCUGACAUCUCAGACUUAAAGAGCUUCAUGACUGUGGAAGAGGAUCAGACCUGCAGCGGCCGAUACAAUGAUGUCAAGUUGAUCAAGAACGGAAUGCGGGGCUAUGCCUCCAACGACCUGGCUGAUGCCGAUGAGCCUGUCAAGGAUGGCGCGGUGGGUAUUACCCCGGAUGAGUUUUUCAAGUUGCUGCGGAAGAGCUUCCCUAGAGCAUGGACCGCUUGCGUGAAUCGUCCGGAGCAGUACAUUGACUUCUGCAAUGCUGAGAUCUCUUCAAAGCUCUUGCUGGCGCGCUUGCCCCCUGUGGCCCCUGGGACCCUUCAACUGCCUGACUCUCCAGAAGAUGACUUGGACACAACUUUUAGCGCACGCAGGGAUGAGAAGGGUGUGGCGGUCUUCCCGAAGCCUCUGGACGUCGGCUCGCAGCGCAAGAACUCUCGAUUUAAGUCUCCUUUCAGGAUACCGACCAAGCGUCACCGCAGCAAGGCGCCUGCUUCCAUGCCCCAGGACUUGCCUCAACCCAACUCUGCGGGCGCGGGUGAAGGCCAUGAUACCACUGCUGUAGACGAAUAUCACGCAGACGAAGAAGAGGAGUACAAGAAGGUGAAGUAUGUUCGCGUGUCUCGCGAUGUGCCCGCUGCAGGUGUUCGCGGAGAUCGGGCUUCCUGGAAGCGCACUCUGAAAGAGAUUUUGAGCGCCAGCAACAAGAAGAUCAUCCAAAAGCUACAGCAAGACGGUCUCCUUCCCAAGUGGGACAAGAAGCGAUGUCCUCGAUGCUGGAAGAGCUACUUGGCCACCAAGACGCACCAAGGCCUGCCGCAGCGCCAGUGCCGUGGAUGGAAGUGCCGCCAUGUGGCGCGGCCACAGCACUUGCGCCCCCUCUUUGCAUCAGGCCGCGGGCAGUCCUAUCUUCCGUUGCAAACUCACGCGGCUGUCCUCUUCAUGCUCUUGGGCGUCAAUCACAAGGUGGUGGAAGAGAUGUCGAGUCGACUGGCAAGAACAAGACAAGCCUAUGUUGAGGAAAAGGAGAGGACCAUCGUCUUUGGCGGCAAAAGAACCUGGGCCGACGUUGAGGCUGACAAGUGCACUUUCGAUCGUGCCGACAUGUCUAAGGAGGUGGAGUACAAGGCAGCCAUCAUCAAUGGCAAGUCCAUCUUAUGGGCGCCACAGUACGUGAAGGUGGUGAACCACACCAUGCGGGACGGCACGAAAUUGAAAGUGAAGGCGGGCACUCAGCAUGUAGAUCGUGAUCGUGCGUGGCAAUUUAUCAAAGACCGCUAG